ACUAUAAUAUCCCCUAAAACAAAAAAAAAAAAUGUAACUCUCCUUCUCCCCCAAACAAUGAUUGCGAUAGGGCAACUCAUUCCACCGCCCAUCUGCAUCGUCUUCUUCCUCUUCUUUCUUCUUCAUGUGGCUCUUUCGCUUAUGUUCGUACCCACAUCAAAGUCUUCUAUGGAGAGAGGCUCAUUUGCCAUCUUCAUUGCUAUGCCUUCCAACUAUAAAUGACAAAGGAACGAUGAUGAAAAACAAUGAUGAUGAUGAAGAACCUAGAAGCAAACUAUGGGGACACUGGUGGCUCGUUGCUCAACUUUGCUCGUCAUCGUUCGAUUUUGGAUCUGCUCAUCACUCACCUUCAUCGUCUGCUUCUGUUUGUCGACAUUCGAAUGCGCAUGAGCACCGUGGAGAAGAGAGGGUGGAAGGGCAUUUUCAUCCUCAAAAAGGCAAUCCCAAUAUUGAUUUUGCAAUACUAGAGAGUGGUGGUAUUGGGUCAUCCUAUGUAAGGUGGUACUGAGACUAAAUAUUCAUUCCAACGUGGAAAAGUUGGGAUUACUCAAUCCCAAUGCCAAUCCCUCCUCUCCAGUCCCACUUACCGAACAGGGCUUAUAUUCUUCCCAUAAAAUUUAGUAUGCAUACCCGGUGUUAAAAUCUUUCACCAAACAUCAGCAGUUUAGUUGCAUUCCUUAAAAACAUGAUUAAUGUUUUCUAUGGGGGCAUUACAAAUUGAACACCCUUGAUCCUGGGUCAUCUUCCUGUGAUUACGGCUGCAAACCUUGUUCUUAAUGGUUGCUUUGGAUUAUGAUAUCUUCGAUCUGAUGCAGCCAUGCAAUCGUAACUUUUCUGGAAACACGCUAUUGCAUGUAUUGUGCUGAUCGUAAUGGAAGAUGUUGCAAUCAUGUGAACAGUAAACCAUGUUUAGAUUGAAUGCAAGUCAUGGUUGAGCUGAA